AUGGGAGAUUGCCACGAUAUAAGCCCACGCUGCAUCAACUCGUCGCGCCCGCUCACCCGCUGCCUCAACGCGUUCACCUUCACCCUCACCGCAAAGAUGAAGAUCCACCCCACUCUCCUGAAGAAACGCUCCAUCAAGAAUCUCAAGUUCUUGAAGAAGGCCAAGGCCAAGUCGAAGACCACGUCGACAGAGCAGCAAGACACUGAGGAGAACCACGCAUCCGAUGACCAGGCAGAUAUCAUAGCAGUGCCUUACGAAGCUACCUCAACAGCGUAUUCUUCAGGCCCCAUAAACCCCUACGAGUACCACCGCGCAGCUCCAAGCCCAAGCACCGCGCGGAUGGAGACCGCGCCCUCAAGCGUUGCCCCCUCACCAUCUGCCACUGCGCAGCCAAAUGCGCCGCCUCCAAAGCCGAAGCGCGUUCAAAACGUUAAGAAAAUGACCUCCUUCCUGCGGUCCAAGAAAGCCAGGACCGAGUCGGAUAUGGAGUCGCCCACCGCCUUACAACGCAUACACGAGCCCGACGAAGAAGAAGACGACGAGUACGAGUCCCCUCUCGCACCCUCCAGCGCGUCCUCUCCUCAGGCUCAAACGUUCACGUUCGCGAGUUCUGCAACGGGAAGUAGUACCUCGCCUCACACCCACACUCACACGUGCACAUUCCCGCCUUCAACGCUGAGUUCGGAUUCCACAUUCACACCACUCACGUCUCGCGCCUCGGAGUCGUCGGAAGAAGACGCCUCCGUCCUCGCGAUAAAGCAGCAAAUGCGUGCCUUGAAGGUGGUAGACGUCGCGAGCACGCGCAAUGCUUUACGUCUUGCGUACGAGGCGCGGGACACGGGGCUGGGGACGCUAGCCCGUCUGCACACUCAAGAUGCGCGGCUGGAGAACGUAGAGCUGGACCUGCAAGAAAGGGUAGGAGUUUGCGUCGCGGGGGAGCGGGUAAGGAGGGUGAAGAACGCGGGGAAGUUUGUGCAGUUGGUGAAUCCUUGGUUUGGGACGCGGGUUGAGGGCGAGAGUGCGGGGGAUGACUCGCUGCAUGAAACGAAGGAGAAGGAGAAGGAGAAGGAGAGGCACGCAAGAGAUAGACUCCGCCGACGCAGAUGGGAAGUCGCGCUCCGCAGAAAGGUUACCGUUUGCGUUGCUAUUUCCUCCGAGGACGGGAAAACGGAGAUGCUGGUAGAGCGAGCGAAGUACCAAUUCGAGCCCGACAGCGAGGACGAGGCGUUUGAGGAGGAGAUAGAGGGAAAUUUGGAAGCGUUGGGGGAAGUGGUACCAGCUUUGAGGGAAUUAGCUGUACGAGUAGGGGAGAGCGUUGCUGCAGUGAGUGAGAGGGUGGAUGGGAUGAGGGAGAGGAUGGAUAUGGAGGGUGAGGGGAUGGUGAGGAAUAAAUAUGCGUUGGGGAGGAUUCAUUGA